AUGGCCCCACCAGCCAAUCAGAAGAAGGGCAAGAAUCGUCAGGCCACAGCAGAGCCAGAAGACGAAGAAAACAACGGAGAAACAAGCGGAGAACUCGUGCCAAGCACCUCCCACCAAGCCGUCAACACACCAAAUCCACAGUCAAUGGUCCCCAGCCUCUCACAAGAUACGAUCAAUGGCCUAAUGACUGCAUUUGGUGGUAUCAUGCGUCAAGAAAUGCAGAGAUUUGAGCAGAGAUUAGAGAGAAUCGAACAGUUUUUGGGCCCCGCACUAUACCAAAAUCCUACUUCAUCUCCCAAUCCUACUCCGCUUCCCAGCAUUGAAAUACCACAGCAGAACCUCUCUCACACGAACGACUCGUCCUACCAUACAAAUCCAGGCCACUUACGAGCGGAGGAGAUGGGAUACUUCGAUCUACAACAGGCAAAUGUGGAGAAAACUGCGGAGAAAUUUACGGAGAAGACUAUGGAGAAGAACAAGAGCACGGGCAGCAGCAGUCCUAUUCAAGCGGGCACACUCUCCACAAUUCCACAUCAGGCCACUAUGCAUAUUUGCGGAGAACCUUCCCCUCGCCUCAGCAAUACACCAGUUUUCGCCACGCCUCUCGCCUCUCUUCUCACCUCUCAACUCGCCUCUCCGCUCGGUUACACUCGAUUCGCGAAGGAUAUGGAGGCUAUAGGCCAAGGAUAG